UCGCGUUGCGUGGGGAUGGCGUAGUAUGUGUUGCGGGCGGCGCACUGAGUAGGCCCUUAAACUUGUCAGCAGGGAAGCCGAUAGAGGACAUAUUGUUUUGUUUUCCUCGGAUGAAAAGCUCCUGCGUGCCUUUCGUAACUCGAUGAGCUCGUUUUGCAAAUCACGGCAGGGUAGCAGUAUGCCUGCAGCACAGUCACAGUGUGAUAGCUGCAGCUCUAAGUUUUCAUGGCUGAAGAAAAAGCGCACCUGCCUCAUGUGCCGGUCUGUCUGCUGCUCCGCCUGCAUGCAGCGGUUGCGGUGCUGCUCGGUCGGCCGGCACUGCCUGCGCUGCGCCCGGCUCGGCUCCGUGCGCUACGAGCGCUCCACACUGCAGCAGAUGACCGUGCGCGACCUGAAGCACAUCAUGAAGAUCGUGAACGUAUCGUCGGCCACCUGUCGUGAGAAGUCGGAUCUGGUGGACAAGAUCCUGCUGUGCGACCGGAUGGGUGGGCGGUCGGAGCCGCGCCUGUCAGAGGAGCCCGAAGACGACGACGACGUGCAGGUGCCACCGCUCGGCAGUCCGGCCGAGCCCGACCUGGCCGGGCGGAACGGCGGACACUCGCCGGAGAGUGACGACGGCGUCGCCAACCGGGCGUUCGUCGACAUCGACGACGUCUCGCCCGACGGGGAUGACGCGCCGGAGGAAGAGAUCGUCGUCGUCGACGACCUGGACGAGCCAGCGGCGGAGUCGACGGACGUGGAGCCGGAGGCGGAGCGGCUGCAGCGGCAGGACAACGUGACGGCUCCCGAUGCUGAGAUUGACCUGUCGACGCUGACGGACGUGGCCGAGCUGCCGUCGGAGGACCUGAUCGCACGGCUGACGGUGCGACAGUGCAAGCAGCUGCUGCAGCACCGGCGCACCGAGUUUCACGGCGUCAUCGAGAAGGAGGAGCUGCUGCGCCGCGUCCGCCUGCUCUGGCGUGAGACGCGCCGCAACAGAGACGCGCUGGCGUCGGCGCCCGAACAUGACAUCUGCAAGGUCUGCAUGGACGCGCUGGUCGACUGCGUCAUGCUCGAGUGCGGCCACAUGGCCACCUGCACCGCCUGCGGCAAGCAGAUGGCCGAGUGCCCAAUCUGCCGCAAGUACGUCGUCCGCGUGGUGCACGUCUUCCGCUCGUAG